AGCACUAGAGAGCUUUGCUGGCUUAGAAAGAUGAGCUUGGGGAAAAGCUUCCAACUUUUAUUCAAGAGAUAUUUUUUGAGCGAGUACCACAUGCCAGGUGCUAUAGGAAGUGCUGGGAAUAUAGGUACGGACAAAUCACUCUUGGUCUCUGCCUUCCCUUUCUGAAGAUGAAAUUCUGAAGCCAUGAUUUCAUUCAUUUGGCAAAAAUAUUCAGACUCAAGAUGGAGGCUUGAGGUGAGGGAGAGGCUUGUCGGGAAUCAUGCCCGUUUUUGUGGCAUGAGCAGCUGGGUACCAUUUACCACGGUGUGGAAGAAGGAAAGACGAACACUUUGGGGAGGCAGGCUAUCUGGAGAUGAAUUCCUUGCCCAUCUUGUUGAGUCUGACAUCUAGGGAGAUGCCCAGGUGGCAUUUGUGGGUUCAGGCCCACAGGGCAGAAGCUGAGCUGGGGACGGGAAACGGAGUGGUUGGCAUGGAGAAAGCUUACCGAACAAGAGGCGGAGAGACCCCAGGGUGGAGUCCCAAGGACCUCAGAGUUCUAGACAUCGCAUAGAGAAGGGGCCAGCACAGGGGGCACACAGAGAGUGACUGGAGAGGCGGGAGGAGAUCUAGGGAAGUGGGGCACCGUGGAAACCGAAAGAAGAGAGUUUCAAGAGGGAAGCGAUCAGCUGGCAGUCUACAAGAUGGAGUAAGAUGAGUGUGCCCUGGAGAUGCGAGAUUUCCCUUUGGCAGCAGGAGGCACACCCCCAGAGAAUGCUGGAGCUGCAAGGGGAAAGGACCCACUUCCACAGCAGAGAAAAACAAAGAGGAAAAAGGUAUACAGGUGGCCAGCGAUAAGGGACGCCCCCAGCGAGCAGCGGGCUGCCGCCACUGCCCUCAGCAGCUCUUUCUGCUGCUGCCCGAGAGGAACUCGGUGA